AUGAAACUGUUCGUCGUCGUUGCCCUUGCCCUGGUCGGUACGGUGGCCGCUCAGUCGUACACCACCAAGUACGAUAACGUCGAUGUGGAGGAAAUUCUCAAAUCGGACCGCCUGUUCAACAACUACUUCAAGUGCCUGAUGGAUGAGGGCCGCUGCACCCCGGACGGUAACGAGCUGAAGCGCAUCCUGCCGGACGCGCUCAAGACGGACUGUGCCAAGUGCAGUCCCAAGCAGCGCGACGGUGCGAUCCAGGUGAUCGAUUACCUCAUCAAGAACCGCAAGGCACAGUGGGAGACGCUGCAGAAGAAGUACGAUCCGGAAAACAAGUACCUCGAGAAGUAUCGCGAUCAGGCCAAGAAGGAGGGCAUCGCGCUGGAGUAA